UCUUCUUCUUCUUUUUAAUGUUUAUUUAUUUUUGAGAGGGGGCCAUAGAGAGGGGAGACAGAGCUUCAAGUGGACUGCGGGCUCCACUGUCAACACAGAGCCUGACUCUGGGCUUGAACCUGAGCCCAGAAGUCGGAUGCUUAACCGACAGAGCCAUCCAGGUGCCCCUGCAAGGCACUGUUCUAAUGGUUUAACAUUACCUAUGCAGUCUUCAUGAUAAUUGUUCGAUGCGGAUACUUCCAUAAUUUCCAUUUUAUAGAUGAGGAAAUGACAGAGAGGUUAUGUAAUUUGUUGCAGUUCAUACAGUUAAUAGUGGUGGUAUCCGUAUUUAUAUCCAGACAUUUUGGUUCAGAGCUCACGUUAACCACUGUAUUACUUUGCCUUAAAUUCAGAGGCUGGGGGUUUUUGUUUAAAUUUUUUUUUUUAAUGCUUAUUUAUUUUUGAGAGACAGAGACAGAAUAGAAUGUGAGAAAGUGAGCGGGGGAGGGGCAGAGGGGAAGACACAGAAUAUGAAGCAGGCUCCAGGCUCUAGGCUGUCAGCAGAGAGCCCAGUGUGGGGCUCAAACUCACCGAACUGCAAGAUCAUGACCUGAGCCAAAGUCGGAUGCUUAACCGACUGAGCUAUCUAGGUGCCCCUGGAGAUUUUGUUUAAAAUCAGCUUUAUUAAGGUAUAAUUUGUAUACAGUAGAAAUCACUAGUUUUAGUUGUGUAGUUCAGUGAGUUUUGAUAAGUGAACACGUCUGUAUUAUCACCACCUUAAUCGAGAUCUAGAACAUUUUUAUUACACUGGAAAGUUCGCUUGUGCCAGCACUUUGCACGUAUCUGUUCCCCCCACUUCAACACCUGGCAACCAGUGAUUUUUCUAGCACUAUAGUUUUGCCUUUCCUAGGAUUUUGUAUUAAGGGAGUUUUUCAAUAUGCAGUCUUUUGUGUCUGACCUUUUUUUUUAAUGUUUUUUUUUUUUGGGAGGGGGCAGAAAGAGAGGGGGGCAGAGGAUCUGAAGCGGGCUCUGUGCUGACACCAGAGAGCCUAGCCUGAUGUGGGGCUCGAACUCAGGAACUGUGAGAUCAUGACCUGAGCUGAAGUGAGAUUCUCAACCAACUGAGCCACCCGGGCACCCCUGUGUCUGACUCUUUUUUUAUUUGGCAUAAUGUUUUUGAGAUUUAAUGUUGAGUAUGUCACUAAUAUUUUCUUUUAAUUGCUAAGUAGUAUUCUGUUAUAUGGAUAUAUAACACGAUAUGUAUAUAUAAUCAGUUUAAAGAGAUUUGAUUUUUUUUGUUUCUAGUUUUUGGUAAUCGUAAAGAAAGUUGUAAAAAUUCAUGUUCAGGUAUUCAUGUGGACAUACCUUCAUAUCUCUUGGGUAAAUAUCUAGGAGUGUAUUAUUGUUGGGUUGUAUGGCCAAGUGCAUAUUUAACUUUAUAAUAUACCACAAAACUGUUUUUAAUUUUUUUUAAUGUUCAUUUAUUUUUGAGAGAGAAAGUGAGUGGGGGAGGGGCAGAGAGAGAGUGGGACUGAGGAUCCAAAGCGGGCUCCAGCUGACAGCAGUGAGCCCGACAUGGGGCUUGAACUCACAAACCAUGAGAUUAUGACCUGAGUGGAAGUCAGAUGCUCAACUGACUGAGCCACCUGGGCGCCCCUGCAAAACUGUUUUUAAAAGCAGUUGUAUCAUUUUUCAUUUCUGUCAGCAAAGUAGAAGAGUUCCAGUUCAUGUUCUUGCCGGCAUUUGGUCUUUCAAUGUUUUUUCAAAGUCUUUACAAUUUUGGUUGUUCUAGUGGGUGUGUGGUAGGAUUUCAUUAUCCUAAUUUGCACUGUCUUAAUGACUGAUGACACUGAGCAUAUUUUCAUGUGCUUAUUUUCAUUUGCAUAUCUUUCAUAAAAUUUUUAAAUGUUUUAUUUAUUUUGAGAGAGAGAGAGAGAAAGAAUGCAAGUUGGGGAGGGGCAGAGAGAGAGGGAGACGCAGAGUCCGAAGCAAGCUCCAGGCUCUGAACUGUCAGCACAAAGCCUGAUGCGGGGCUUGAACUCGUGAACCACUAGAUCAUCUCCUGAGCUGAAGUCGGAUGGAUGCUCAACAGACUGAGCCAUCCAGGCACCCCUGCAUAUUUUUUAUAAUGUGUUCUAUUCUUCUGCUCUCUUUUCUCAUUUAUCUUGAGUUGUCUUUCAUCAUUCCAACAUAUUGUGAUGUUUUCUCCCAGUCUGUUGCUUACCUAUUUAUAUUUUUACUGAUGUCUUUGAAGUGCAAAAGUUUAAAAUUUUAAGUCCAGUGUAUCACUUGUUUCUCUUAUGGGUUAUGACUUUUGUGUUCCAUCCAAAAAAUUGUUGUCUAACGUGAAAUUCAAAGGUUUUCUUAAAUAUUUCUUCUAGAUACUUUAUGGUUUUCUCCUGGUUAGAUAAAUGAUCAUUUCAUGUUAGUUUUUAUAUACUGUGUGUGGUAAGGGUUGAAGAUUUUUCCUCUCUACUGUGGGUAUCCAGUUAUUAUGGCACCCAUUUGUUGAAAAGGGCAUUUUUGUUCAUUGAAUUUCUUGGAAGCUUUCUUAAAAAUUAAUUAACCGGGGCGCCUGGGUGGCUCAGUAGGUUAAGCGGCCAACUUCGGCUCAGGUCAUGAUCUCUCAGUCCGUGAGUUCGAGCCCCACGUCGGGCUCUGUGCUGACAGCUCAGAGCCUGGAGCCUGUUUCAGAUUAUGUGUCUCCCUCUCUCUGACCCUCCCCUGUUCAUGCUCUGUCUCUCACUGUCUCAAAAAUAAAUAAAACAUUAAAAAAAAUUAAAAAAAAUUAAUUAACCAUGUGUAUGAGUUUAUUUCUGGAGUCUUUGUUCCACUGAUCUAUAUAUUUAUCCUUAUGCCUAUACCACCAUCUUGAUUACUAUAUCAUUUUAGUAAAUCUUGAAAUCAGACAGUAUAAAUUUGUUCCUGUAUCUCAUUUUGGUUAUCUAGGUCCUUUGCAUUUCCACCUGGAUUUUAGGAUUAGUUUACCAAUUUCAUCAAAAAAGCAUGCUAGGAUUUUAAUUUGGGUUACUUUAAUUUUUUUUUAAUGGUUAUUUAUUUUUGAGAGAGAGGGUAAGGGGCAGAGAAGGAGGGAAACACAGAAUCUGAAGCAAGCUCCAGGCUCCAAGCUGUCAGCACAGAGCCUGACCUGGGGCUGGAACUCACAAGACAUGAGAUCAUGACCUGAGCCCAAGUCAGACUCUCAACUGACUAAGCUAACCACGUGCCCCCAUGAUUUGGGUUACUUUGAAUCUAUGACUCGAUUUGGAAAGAUAAUGACAUUUUAAUGAUUUUGAAUCAUUGAACUAUGAACAUCGUGUAUUUCUUCAAUUAUUUAGGUCUUUAAUUUUUUUCAGUAGUGUUUUAUAAUUUUGUAGUUUUAAGUGUUUGGAACUUAAACGUAUUUUAUUAAACUUAGCCCUAAGUAUUUCAUGUUUUUAAUGAUGCUGUAAAUAUUAUUUUAAUUUCAACUUCUAAUUGUUGCUAAUGUAUAGAAAUAAAAUUUAUUUUAUUUAUUUUUGAGAGAGAGCAUGAGAGGGGCAGAGAGAGAGGGAGAGAGAGAAUCCCAAGUGGGCUCUGUGCUGUUAGUGCAGAGCCAGACAUGGAGCUCGAUCUUACGAACCGUGAGAUCCUCAGCCAAAAUCAAUAGUUGGAUGCUCAACUGACUGAACCACCUAGGCACCCCAAUAAAAUUUAUUUUUGUGUGUUGCCAUUGUAUCUUGUGAUUGCUAAAUUUACUUCCUUUAACAGUUGUUUUUUAGGUAGAACCUAUGGGGUUUCUGAGAAGACAGUUGUGUCACGUGCAAAUCAAGACUGUUACUUUUUAAAAAAAAUUUUUUUUUUUAACGUUUUAUUUAUUUUUGAGACAGAGAGAGACAGAGCAUGAACGGGGGAGGGGCAGAGAGAGAGGGAGACACAGAAUCGGAAGCAGGCUCCAGGCUCUGAGCCAUCAGCCCAGAGCCCGACGCGGGGCUCAAACUCACAGACCGCGAGAUCGUGACCUGAGCUGAAGUCGGCCGCUUAACCGACUGAGCCACCCAGGCGCCCCAAGACAGUGUUACUUUUUUUUCCCAAUUUGCAUACCCCACUUACUAAUUUUUUAAAGGGAUUUUUUUUUUUUUGAAUUUUCAUGAGUGAUACUGGUCUAUGGUGUUCUUGUAAACACACACACACACACGCACACACACACGGUUUGGUUUUGAUACCAGGUAUAUUUGCUAGGUUUGCUGUAACAUAAUGGACAGCCUGGGUAGCUUAAAUAACAGCAGUUUAUUUUCAUACAGUUUGAGGCUAGGAAUCCAAGGUCAAGGUAUUGGUAGGUUUGGGUUCUUAGACCUCUCUCCUUGUCUUCCAGAUGGCUACCUUCUUGCUCUGUCUUCACAUGGUUACCUCAUGAUCUCUGUUGUUUGUAUUCUAAUCUCUUCUUCUUCUUUCUUUUUUUUAAUUUUUUUUUUUUAAGUUUUAUUUAUUUUGAGAGUGAGAGGGAGCAGGGGAGGGGCAGAGAAAGAGAAUCCUAAGCAGGCUUUGCACUGCCAGCACAGAGCCUGGGGCUCAAAACCAUGUGGGGCUCAAAACCAUGAACCAUGAGAUUGUGACCUGAGCCAAAAAGUCAGAUGCUCAACUGACUGCAACUGAGGCACCCAGGCAUCCCUCUAAUUUCUUUUAAUUCUUUUUUAGGAUUUUGAUUCUUUUAAAUUCUUUAAAAUUUAUUUAUUUUGAGAGAGAGAGAGAAAGUGCCAGUGGGGGAGGGGCAGAGACAGAGGGAGAUUGAGAAUCCCAAAUAGGCUCUGUGCUGUCAGCCCAGAGCCUGCUGUGGGGCUUGAACCCAUGAACCAUGAUGUGAGAUCAUUACUUGAGCUGAAAUUGGACACUUAACCGACUGAGCCACCCAGGCACCCUUUAAUUUUUUUUUUUAAUGUUUUUAUUUGUGAGACAGAGCAUGAGCAGGGGAGGGGAAGAGAGAGAGGGAGACACAGAAUCCGAAGCAGGCUCCAGGCUCUGAGCCGUCAGCACAACGCUCGAUGCAGGGCUCGAACCCAUGGACUGUGAGAUCAUGACCUGAGCUGAAGUCGGAUGCUUAACCGACUGAGUCACCCAGGUGCCCCUACUUUUUUUUUUUAAUGCUUAUUUAUUUUGGAGACAGAGAGACAGAGUGUGAGCAGGGGAGGGGCAGAGAGAGAGAGGGAGACACAGAAUCUGAAGCAGGCUCUAGGCUCUACACUGUCAGCACAGAGCCGACAUGGGCCGAACCCAUGGGCCUAAGAGCCGAAGUUGGAUGCUUAACUGACUGAGCCACCCAGGUGCCCCGUCUCUGAUCUCUUAAAAGGACAUCAUUCAUUGGAUUAGGGCCUAAUAUAUGAUUUCAUUUAACCUUAAUUGUCUCCUUGAUGCUCAGUCUCUAAAUACAGUCGCAUUUGGAGGUACUGGGGGGCUAGGAUUUCAACAUACAGAUUUCAGCCCAUCACACAGUGUAAAGCCCUUCUAAAAGGAGAUGAGAAAUGUUAUCUCUUCUUUCUUUUUCUUUUCCUAAAUGUUUAUUUUGAGAGGGAUAGAGAAAUCAGGGGAGGGGCAGAGAGAGAGAAGUGAGAGAGAAUCCCAAGCAGGUUCUGUGAUGUCAGCACAGCGCUGGACUCCAGGGCUUGAUCUCACAAACCAUGAUGUGAGCCAAAACUAAGAGUCAGAUGCUUAACCUACUGAGCCACCUAGCCACCCUAAAUGUCAUCUCUUCUGUUUUCUGAAAGAGUUUGUAUGGAAUUGCCCUAUCUGCUUUGAUAUGAUUGAGGAAGCAUACAUGACGAAAUGUGGCCACAGCUUUUGCUACAAGUGUAUUCAUCAGAGUUUGGAGGAUAAUAAUAGAUGUCCCAAGUGUAACUAUGUUGUGGAUAAUAUUGACCAUCUGUAUCCUAAUUUCUUGGUGAAUGAGCUCAUUCUCAAACAGAACCAAAGAUUUGAGGAAAAGAGGUUCAAAUUGGACCACUCAGUGAGUAGCACCAAUGGCCACAGGUGGCAAAUAUUUCAGGAUUUGUUGGGAACUGACCAAGAUAACCUUGAUUUGGCUAAUGUCAACCUCAUGUUGGAAUUACUAGUGCAGAAGAAGAAACAGCUGGAAGCAGAAUCACAUGCAGCCCAACUACAGAUCCUUAUGGAAUUCCUCAAGGUUGCAAGAAGAAAUAAGAGAGAGCAACUGGAACAGAUCCAGAAGGAGCUGAGUGUUUUGGAAGAGGAUAUUAAAAGAGUGGAAGAAAUGAGCGGCUUGUACUCUCCUGUCAGUGAGGAUAGCACAGUGCCUCAAUUUGAAGCUCCUUCUCCAUCACACAGUAGUAUUAUUGAUUCCACAGAAUUCAACCAACCUCCUGGUUUCAGUGGCAGUUCUCAGACAAAGAAACAGCCUUGGUAUAACAGCACGUUAGCAUCAAGAAGAAAACGGCUUACUGCUCAUUUUGAAGACUUGGAACAAUGUUACUUUUCUACAAGGAUGUCUCGUAUUUCAGAUGAUAGUCGAACUGCAAGCCAGUUGGAUGAAUUUCAGGAAUGCUUGUCUAAGUUUACCCGAUAUAAUUCAGUACGACCUUUGGCUACGUUGUCCUAUGCUAGUGAUCUCUAUAAUGGUUCCAGCAUAGUCUCUAGUAUUGAAUUUGACCGGGAUUGUGACUAUUUUGCAAUUGCUGGAGUUACAAAGAAGAUUAAGGUCUAUGAAUAUGGCACAGUCAUUCAAGAUGCCGUGGAUAUUCACUACCCUGAAAAUGAAAUGACCUGCAAUUCCAAAAUCAGCUGUAUCAGUUGGAGUAGUUACCAUAAGAAUCUGUUAGCCAGCAGUGAUUAUGAAGGCACUGUCAUCCUAUGGGAUGGAUUCACAGGACAGAGGUCAAAGGUCUAUCAGGAACAUGAGAAAAGGUGUUGGAGUGUUGACUUUAAUUUGAUGGAUCCUAAACUCUUGGCUUCAGGUUCUGAUGAUGCAAAAGUGAAGCUAUGGUCUACCAACCUAGACAACUCAGUUGCAAGCAUUGAGGCGAAGGCUAACGUGUGCUGUGUUAAAUUCAGCCCCUCUUCUAGAUACCAUUUGGCUUUCGGCUGUGCAGAUCACUGUGUCCACUACUAUGAUCUUCGUAACACUAAACAGCCAAUCAUGGUAUUCAAAGGACACCGAAAAGCAGUGUCUUAUGCAAAGUUUGUGAGUGGUGAGGAAAUUGUCUCUGCCUCAACAGACAGCCAACUAAAACUGUGGAAUGUAGGGAAACCAUACUGUCUACGUUCUUUCAAGGGUCACAUCAAUGAAAAAAACUUCGUAGGCCUCGCUUCCAAUGGCGACUAUAUAGCUUGUGGAAGCGAGAACAACUCUCUUUACCUGUACUAUAAAGGACUUUCUAAGACUUUGCUAACUUUUAAGUUUGAUACGGUCAAAAGUGUUCUGGAUAAAGACCGAAAAGAAGAUGAUACCAAUGAAUUUGUUAGUGCUGUGUGCUGGAGGGCAUUGCCAGAUGGGGAGUCCAAUGUGCUGAUUGCUGCUAACAGUCAGGGUACAAUUAAGGUGCUGGAGUUGGUAUGAAGGGUUUACUCAAGUUAAAUUGUAUUUGAUCCUGCUGAAAUACAUCUGCAGCUGACAAUGAAAGAAGACAGAAACUGCCAUGUGAUGUCUCUCCCCAAAGUCAUCAUGGGUUUUGGAUUUGUUUUGAAUAUUUUUUCUUUUCCUAUUUUUUUCUCCUUCAUGCCAUUUGGGACAUUGGGAAUACCCAGUGAACUCUCCACCAUCAAUGUAACUCUAUGGACUUUGCUGCUGUUGGUGGUGUGGUUAUCUAAUUUUUGUGAUAGGGAAACAAAUUCUUUUGAAUAAAAAUAAAUAACAAAAAAUAAUAAAAGUUUAUUGAGCCACAG